AUGGCCUCAACGACUCUAACAACCCUCACCCUUCGCUCCCUAUCUCAUCCUACACCCUCCUCUUACUCUGCGCACCUCUCCGCCAAACCCUCCCUCCAAUUCCCCAACCUCUACCACCGGGCCACCACCGCCACUCGCCGCGCCCGCGUCGUCGUCUCUGCCGUGGCCGCGCCGGAGAAAAUCACCAAGCUCGGCGACGAAAUCGCCGGACUCACCCUCGAGGAGGCGAAGAACCUCGUGGAUUUCCUCCAGGACAAGCUGGGCGUCUCCGCUGCGGCUUUCGCUCCCGUGGCUGCUGUCGCGGCUCCCGGAGCCGCGGCGGACGCACCGGCUGCGGUGGAGGAGAAGACGGAGUUCGACGUGGUGAUCGAGGAGGUGCCGAGCAAUGCGAGAAUCGCGGUGAUUAAGGCGGUGAGAGCUUUGACGAGCCUGGCGCUGAAGGAGGCGAAGGAGUUGAUCGAAGGGUUACCGAAGAAGUUCAAGGAAGGGGCUUCGAAGGAAGAAGCUGAAGAUGCUAAGAAGCAACUUGAAGAAGCGGGUGCCAAGGUUGCCAUUGUUUAG